AGUUGGGCUUCUUAAUUCUUCAAAACCAGUGACAAAAUGUUCAGAUCUUCCAGUCUUUGCUGAUGCCCUGCACCUAUUUACAGUUGGAAGAUGGGGAAGAAGAGCCGAGUAAAAACUCAGAAGUCAGGUACAGGAGCCACAGCAACAGUAUCUCCAAAGGAAAUGUUGAAUCUAAUUAGCGAGUUAUUGCAAAAAUGCAGCAGUCCUACCCCAGGUCCCGGUAAGGAAUGGGAAGAAUAUGUACAGAUUCGUUCACUUGUUGAGAAAAUUCGCAAAAAGCAAAAAGGUUUGUCUGUUGUCUUUGAUGGAAAAAGAGAUGACUAUUUCCCUGAAUUGAUAAAGUGGGCAACUGAAAAUGGAGCAUCCACAGAGGGUUUUGAAAUAGCUAACUUUGAAGAGGAGGGGUUUGGUUUGAAAGCAACAAGAGAGAUAAAGGCUGAAGAGUUGUUUCUCUGGGUUCCUAGAAAACUGUUGAUGACAGUUGAGUCAGCUAAAAAUUCAGUAUUAGGAUCCCUGUAUUCUCAAGAUCGAAUUCUUCAAGCCAUGGGCAAUAUAACAUUGGCAUUCCAUCUUCUUUGUGAGCGAGCCAACCCCAACUCUUUUUGGCUGCCCUACAUCCAGACACUCCCCAGUGAAUAUGACACUCCUCUCUAUUUUGAAGAAGAUGAAGUGCAGUAUCUUCAGUCAACUCAGGCCAUACACGAUGUUUUUAGCCAAUAUAAAAAUACAGCUCGACAGUAUGCCUAUUUCUACAAAGUUAUUCAGACCCAUCCUAAUGCCAGCAAACUGCCCUUAAAGGAUUCUUUCACUUAUGACGACUACAGAUGGGCAGUUUCCUCUGUUAUGACACGGCAGAAUCAGAUUCCAACAGAAGAUGGUUCCAGAGUUACAUUGGCUCUAAUACCUUUAUGGGACAUGUGUAAUCAUACUAAUGGACUGAUCACUACAGGCUAUAAUUUAGAAGAUGACCGGUGUGAAUGUGUAGCACUUCAAGAUUUCAAGACUGGAGAACAGAUUUACAUUUUUUAUGGCACUCGGUCAAACGCUGAAUUUGUGAUCCACAGUGGUUUUUUCUUUGAUAAUAAUUCACAUGACAGAGUGAAAAUAAAGCUUGGCGUGAGUAAAAGUGACAGGCUGUAUGCUAUGAAGGCAGAGGUCUUAGCUCGUGCUGGUAUCCCAACUUCUAGUGUUUUUGCCUUGCACUCCACUGAGCCUCCAAUCUCUGCCCAGCUUUUGGCUUUCCUUCGAGUGUUUUGUAUGAGUGAAGAAGAGCUGAAGGAACACUUGAUAGGCGAGCAUGCCAUUGACAAAAUCUUCACUCUGGGGAACUCUGAGUUUCCCAUUAGCUGGGACAAUGAAGUUAAACUUUGGACAUUCCUAGAAGCCAGAGCAUCCCUACUUUUGAAAACCUAUAAAACAACUGUGGAGGAUGAUAAGUCCUUCCUGGAGACCCAUGACCUUACUUCACAUGCGAUAAUGGCUAUCAAAUUGCGCUUAGGUGAAAAAGAGAUCUUGGAGAAAGCAGUAAAGAGUGCAGCUGCUAGCCGAGAGUAUUAUACCAAACAAAUGGCAGAUGGAGCUCCGCUUCCUAAGUAUGAAGAAAGCAAUAUUGCCUUGUUGGAGAACACUGUGGCAGACUCUAGACUCCCUAUUGUCUUGAGAAACCUAGAAGAUGUGGAAGAGCAAGGGGACUUAAAGAUUGAUGAAGCUAUUGAUGCUGAAGUCACAGAGAAUGGGUUUGUAAAUGGUGAAAACUCUCUAUUUAAUGGGACCAAAUCAGAAAGUGAAAAUCUAAAUAAAGAGAAAAACAACAGAGAGACUGAAGAUGCCAAAGAAUCUUCUUCAGAAAGUACUGAUGAGGUUAAAGAAUAGUCCUAAAAUUUUACUUUCUUGUGAAAUUAAAUUAGCUGAAGUUUAUGAACAGUGCAUUUAUGUUGGUGUGUUUCUUUGUUAACGUUUCUCUUUCUGCAGAGAAAAAUGUUUUUGCUGCUUUAUAUAAAAAUGAAUUUUUAAGUUAUUUAAAAGAUUUAGCAUCCCUUUUCAAUUAAGAUUGCCAUCUUGCUUUCAGGCAAAAACUGGGGAAAGAGGUGCCUUUGGAAGAUUUUGCAGCCCUUUGUUGAACCAAAUGUAUUUUCUUCCUGGGGAAGAAUUAAGCUCUUCUAUCUGCUGUGCUUUUGUUGUUCUGUCACUCUGACUACCGAAAUUAAAAGCUUGCUCUGCCUCCUGCCAAGAAAAGCAGAAGGCAGGACUGACUCGGUAUUCAGCAUGAAGGUGGGAGAGCAGUACAGCAGAAAACUGGAUAAGAGGAUCAGAAACUUGGGAGACUGGAGGAAAACCUGUUUAAAAUCAGGUAUGCUAGUCCAGAAAAAGGUAAGGUGGCAACCUUAUGAUUGGUAGUUUUAAAUGUUGAUGAGAAUCCAAAUUGUAUACACUUAAAGUGAUCUCUGAAGAUUUCGGUUUACUUUGUCUUUUGUUUACUGUAUAAAAGUAUCUCAUCUUUCUUCUUCAGUCAGAGUUAGGCUGCUACAAUACAACAUUCACCAACUUUUAAAGGCUGACUUCUUUUUAUUUCCAGGCGAUAUCUUUUAUUUACAAGGUUGGCAGUGCUACUGGAGAGUUUGAAAGCAGACAGGCCAAGCCACAGCUUUAAACUGUACUGUUCAAAGUGAGGUCGCUUCCCAGCUUCUUCAGGUUUUCACAACUAGCUAGAGAUUUUCAAAGCUACACUUUUGACUAAACCAUUAUUAAAAGGAAAAUAUGAUUAAUA